AUGGAGUCUAUAGACGAAUUACAUAAAACCAUGAGUGUCUGUUCGGGCCUGCCCUAUAUCCCUGGUCGAUGUUGUCAAGGGAUGAAGAUAAUGCUGUGCAGUGAGCUUGUACUCAAAGUCUUUUGUCACAGUUAUUCAUGCAUUAAAAGCGGUAUAUUGAGUUCGUAG